GCCUUUCACUCUGCAGGAUCGCAAAGCCUCUCUCUCUCUCUCUCAUACAACACAAACCGCGUAGGACAGUUGUAUGUGCAUAUUGAUCUUUGUUGGUUUGAAUUUUGUGGAUUUUUUUCUGAAAAAUUAGCUGAAAUCAGUUUGAGCAAGUUCAGCUUCUUGACUGGAUCCAGACAGAUUUCGAUCCAGGCAAUUAUACAAUUCAAGCUUGCGAUAUGAACUCGCCGGGUUGAGCGUUUGAUGAAGAAAUGGAGGCUCCGGAGCUGCGUCGUAUAUUCUCAAUGUUCGAUCGGAACGGCGACGGAAAAGUAAGCGGGAAGGAACUAAGCGAUUCGCUGGAAAAGCUAGGGAUCCACAUUCCGGAGAAGGAGCUGAGGCAGAUGAUCGAGAAGAUCGACGCCAACGGCGACGGGUACGUCGACGUGGAGGAGUUCGGCACGCUGUACGCGGCGAUCAUGGAGGGCGACGACAGGGGAGACGAGGAGGGCGACAUGCGUGAGGCGUUCAACGUGUUCGACCAAAACGGCGACGGCUUCAUCACGGGGGAGGAGCUCCGGUCGGUGCUGUCGUCUCUGGGGCUGAAGCAGGGGCGGUCGCUGGAGGACUGCAACCGGAUGAUCAUGAAAGUCGACGUCGACGGCGACGGUAGGGUUGACUUUGAUGAGUUCCGUCAGAUGAUGAAGGGCGGCGGAUUCGCCUCCUUGAGUUGAUGAUUGCCUGGUUCAUCUUCAUCAAACAUCCUCCUCAACACACAUUCAGAUAUGGCCACUUUUCAUCUCUGUCAAUGUGUGUGUUUAAUUUCACUUUCCUUUUUUUUCUGGGUUUCUUUGGCACCUAAAAUUCUUGAAAUUAGGGUUCUUCCUCCACAAUGGUUUUGGUUGAGAAGAAUCCAGUUUAUGUAGUUCAUGGAUGAAUUGCUGGUUUGUACAAGUAAUUGCUAUCUAUGAGUAUGAGUUGGUGAAUUCCAUUUUUAGCUA